AUGAGGGCAGCGAAGACAAGCAAAGUUUCUGCUGCUGGUUCGGGUGUAUCGGUGUCUCCUUUUCAUGCUGCAGAAAGGAGACAGUUGCUGCUGCAGCAGCAGACAGCAGCAGCAACACAAAGGAGAGAGAGACAAUCUACUCUCCGUAUGUCUUUUGCUGCUAAGCCCCUUCAGAGGGUGUACAGACACUGCAAGGGGUCUAUCAGGCGGCGGUUUGCUGCUGCGGGAGCAAGGAGACUGGAGAGAGCGGUGCGAAAGACACAGCAGCAGCUGCUGCUGCCGAUGCAGCAGAAGCUGCUAACAGCCAGGCAGCAGACACGGCUGCUGCUGCGUGAUCGAGUGAGGGCCCUUCGGGUGUAUGUACACCUCGGCGUGGGGGGGUGUCAGAGGAGACUAAGGGCCUCUUUUGCUGCAGUGCAUGCAGCAAGAAGCAGAGAAAAAGAAAGGAGACAGCAGCUUAUACACGAAGGAGACAGAAGAAAUCUUCCUGCUGCAGAAAGGAGACAGCAGCAAGCAACAAAGACAUACCAGCAGCAGAAGAGCAUGCAGAGAGUGGUUCCCCUUUGCCCUCCUGCUGCUGCAGCAACAGCAACAGCACCAGCAGCAGCAGCAGCAGCUGCUGCUGCUGCUGCAGAGUGGGGGGCUCAGACGCCGCUCCGUGGGGCCUCGGGGCAGCUGCGGUGGGGCGGAGAAAGGAGACAGCAGCAAGGAGACAGAGAGAGACAGCUGUCUCCUCUGUUCCAGCCUCUCCCUUGUCACGCAGCAGAGCAGACGCAGAGCCCUUCAGACAGCAGCAACCUCACCAGCAGCAGAGAUGCAGCAGCAGCAGCAGCAGCAGCAGCAGAUGCAGCAGCAGCAGAUGCAGCAGCAGCAGCAGCAGCAGCAGCAGAAGCUGCGGAGACACCCGAGGCAGCUGCCGAUACACCUGAACUGCAGCGCAGCGAAUUCAAACAAAUGCUCAGAAAGUGGCAGUCCAAGGAGCUGCUAGCAGCAGCACAGAAAAAAAAAGCAGCAGCAGAUCAACCCCACACACAAGCAGCAGCAGCAGCAGCAACACCAGCAGCAACAGCAACAGCAGCAGCAGCAGCAGCAGCAACACAAACUGUAGGGGAAGCAGCAGCAGAAGAAACCCCAGAAAGAGGCAGCAGCAACACGCAGCAAGCAGACACACAGCAGCAACACAACACACGUGAACAAAGUCAAGACAAACAGAAACCAGCAGAAGCAGCAGCAGCAGCAGAAGAAGAAGCAGCAGCAGCACCAGCAGCCGCGUCUGCUGCUCAGGCAGCGGCCACUCCGCAGAGAGACCAGAGCGCUGCAGCAGCUCACGAGACAGAAACAGAAACAGCAGCAGCAGCAGCAGAUGCAGCAGAUGCCCCCGCAGCAGCAGCAGCAGCAGCAGCAGCAGCAGCAACCGAGGUAAGAGCAGCAGACACAGCACUCGUUCUCCCUGAAGAAGAAGAAGAGGAGACAGGAGACAAAAAGGAGACAGAAGGAGACAGAACGGAGACAGGAGACAGGGAGACAGCAGCCCUGCAGCAACAAACAGCAGCAACAGCAGCAGCAGCAGCAGCAGCAGCAGCAGGAGAAAGCAGCAAACUGCUGCAGCAAGAAGAGACAGCAGCAAAGGAGACAAAGACACGGGCAUCAAGCAUAACCCACGGAGAUGAAGACGCUGCAUCCACUGCAAGCCUGCAGCAGCAGCAGCAGCAGCAGCAGGAGCAGCAGCAGCAGCAGCAGCAGCAGCAAGAAGCAGAGCAGAGACAAGAGCGCAGCAGGCUGAGUGUAUACGAACGGCAGCAGCAGAAAGAGAAAAAGAAAGAGAGCUGUAACAAGAGCGCAGCAGGCUGA